AUGCCGGGGCGGCGGGGGGUCUCCCGGGGGUCCGGCCUGAGGCCGCCCCUGCUGCUACUGCUGCUGCCCCUGAUGCUGCUGGUCCAACCAAUAGCCCUCCGGCCGGCCCGAAGGGUCCAUCGCCACGCUGAUGCCAUCUUCACCAACAGCUACCGCAAAGUGCUGGGCCAGAUCUCCGCCCGUAAGCUCCUGCAGCGCCUGGGCAGGGAGGGCCGCCCGGAGGAGGAGGACGUCGACGACAAGCAAGAAGUGGUGGGAAGACGCCAGUCGGACAGCAUCCUGAUGGACAGCUACUACCACCGGCGGACCGUCCUCCGCGACUUCCUGGAGGCCGCGCUCAGGGAGCGGAGGCGGGUGGGGGCCGGAGCCAGGAGCCCCCGGGCUCCCUGCCCCGAGGGGCAACUGGGCCCCUGCCCCCGGCUCCCCUCGGCCUCCUAACCUCACAGGGAGGUUUGUGGGGACCCAAGGUGAAAAAUAAAGCA